AACAGCAUCAAAAUGUCCAUGGGGAGUUGCCGUACUGCGUCUGCGUCCAAUCUGCUGUUGCUAAGCAACCCCAACUUCGUUGUUUUCCAGUCGCAAUGGCUGAAAAAAGUUCAAAUAAAGCGGUUCCGUCCGUCAUUUCAAAGACUAAGAAUCGUCCCUCCUCCACCAGUAAGGCGGAGAAGACAAAGAAAGUUCAGUUCAGACCGCAGGCAAAAUCUGCCUGUAUUCUAACCAACAAACCAACAGAUGACCUUUUAUCAAAGGAAGAGGAGUACAGAUUAAUAAACGCAGAGCUUGAAGCCAAAACAGCAGAUCUGGUGAGACAAGCAGAAAAACUCAUAAGAGAACAAAGUGAAGUUCUGUCAAGACCUCUAUCAAAUGUCGUUCUCUCUGACUCAGAGGAUAUUGAAGAUUCAAGUACAACAAAGUUUGAGCCGUGUCUUGUGGAGGAUUCCAGCAUAAAGGUGGGGCCCAAAAAUAAAUUUACACUGACCUCACAAAACUCCAAACAUGGAAAAAAGCCUCAGAAUAAAUCACUAAGGGCGAAGGCGUCUCAUGAUUCUGCAGCUGUUGAUGGAAACACAGACUUUUCCUUGGCAAAAACCAUUCAGGAGCUGGAGGAGAAGAUAAAUGCUUCCAAUGAAAAGGAUGUGGAGGACUUGUGCAGCGCUGAAGACUUUCCAGGGUCAGGUGUUUCUGAUGCUCACAUUCGAGUAUUUAAGGCAAAACUAAGAAUUUUGCAGGAGGAACUGGACCAACUGUCUAGUGAAUAUUAUAAAAAGGAUGAUGAAAAUGCCAUUCUUAGUGCAAAAAUUAAGGAGCUGGAGGAAGACCGUGCCAGGCUCCAAAGAACCACCAACAUUCAGCAAACACAGAUCGAGAAGCACAAAGCUUUGGCUGAAGAGUCGUCCAAAAAAUGUGAUGGUCUUCAGGCACAAGUGUCUGCUUUAAACAAGGAAUUGGAAACUUUGAAAAGAUCCCAAAAACAGGCAGGAGCUGUCCACAGCACAGUGGAGAUCCGCCUGAACAGAGCCCUGGAGGAGGUCGAACGGUUAAAGACCCAACUAAGUAAAACCAAGCAGAUGAACAAGGACAAGAUAGGUGAGGAACAAGAGAGUAAAGAGAGAUUACUCACUGAGAACAACAUGCUCAAGAAACAGAAAGCUGAACUGAUCACGGGCUUCAAAAAACAACUCAAGUUGAUUGACAUCCUCAAAAGACAAAAGAUGCACUUUGAAGCUGCAAAGCUGCUGUCCUUCACUGAAGAGGAGUUCAUGAAAGCUCUAGACUGGGGAAAGUUAUGAAUGCAUGAUCGAGAUAAUAAAAGGUUUUUAUUUCAAAAGUGUAGGUAAAUAUGAGCUACAGUCUCUCUUUUAGAGAAUUGAAUAUAAAGAUUCAAGUGUG